GCCCCGGCGCGGGACGGGCGCUCGGGCUCUCUGUGCCCGCCGGACCCCGUCGCCCUCCGGAUGCUGCUAGUGGACGCCGACAGUCCGGAGCCCGUGCGCAGCGGGGCGCACGAGCUCGCGCUCUUCCUGACCCCCGAGCCCGGGGCAGAGGCGCGGGCGGUGGAGGCGGCCAUCGAGGGGCUACUCGUGGCGCUGGAGGACUUCAGCCUGGUGACCUGGUGAAUCAGGAGUGACACUUCACAGAUCUUGGAGGAAAAUGUCCCAGUCCUUAAGGCCAAAGUGACAGAAAUGCGUGGCAUCUAUGCCAAAGUGGACCGGCUGGAGGCCUUCGUCAGGAUGGUUGGGCACCACGCUGCCCUCCUGGAAGCCCACGUGCGUCAGGCCGAGCGGGACCACGGGGCCUUCCCGCAGGCCCUGCGGAGGUGGCUGGGCUCCGCCGGGUUCCCCUCCUUCAGGAAUGCACCACCCGCACCAGGACCCCGUGCGUCUGAGCUGCCCGUGCUCUACAGGACUGAGGACUUUGUUCCCGUGGACGCCCGGGAGGGGGAGCGCCAAUCCCGCUGAGCCUGUCACAAUCCCCUCGAGGGGGUGAGGCUGGGUCCCAGCAUUUGGAUUUCCUCUGCUUUUGUUGUUAUUGAUUUUUUGCAUUUCUCCCUGAGGGGCCUGGGGCAGCCAUGUCUCGGAUCCGGUGGCAAGGGUGCCGCCUGCUGCCUGCUAUUUUAAGGGAUGAGGUGCUGAGUGGGGCAGGCUGUGCCGGGAAUCGUGGGCUGCAGUGCGGGCAUGUGGCCUGCAGACCCCAUGUCCCCAGCCCUGCCCGACAUCCCAGAAAGGUGUGGGCGCUCACUUGUGGUCAGCUGGGAGGACAGUGGGGAUGUCAGUUUCUUUUUCGCCCCUCUGAAUUUUCUUGGAAGCUGCCUCUUUGCAGUCGGCUUGCUCUAAGCCCCUGGCUGAGGGGAGGCUGCAGAACCAGAGGCCAGGGGACAGCCAGGCCCCUGAAGGUGCGUUUCUUUUCCUUUCUUCAAAAGACAGCUUCCUGGUGUUGUCUGAGUUCUCCAGGUUCUGAAAUCCUCAGGGCCCAGCAGACACGGCACCCCUCACACUGCAGUUCAGGGUCAGAAUGUCAAGGAAGCGUGAAUCUGACAAGAUGGCCCUGGACAGUUGGGUGGUGCUAAUGUUUGGGAAAUCUCUGGAAUUAAAAGAUAGAGGUGGGUCCUGUGUUUCAGGAAGAGUCAACAUUUUUCUCUUGGGGCCACCUUUAUGGAAGUAUAACACACAUUAUAGAAAGGGGCCCCUGUGCCAGGCACUGUGGUGCAGGGCUGUACUCUCAGCGACUUGCGAGGCUGAGGCAGGAGGAUCACAAGUUCAAGGCCAGCCUCAGCAAAUUAUCAAGACCCAGUCUCUAAACAAAAAAUAAAAAGGGCUGGGGAUGUGGCUCUGGGUUACACACACACACACACACACACACACGAGAAAAAAGAACAAGGCACCUUAGUGUGGAGCACUAGCUGCCCACACGUGGAACACAUUUGCGCAGCCCGACCAACGCUGCCAGCACCCAGAGCCCCCUGAGGCCCCUUCCUGACAGUGCUCCCUGCAGGCUGGGUGUCCUCCUGUGCUGGCCUGGAGGCUGCAGGGCACAUGCACCCAGCAUGUUGGCUUUGUCACUGGACCUGGAUCUGCAGGAGUGUCCCUACUGCCCCCGGGUAGCUGCAGUGGCCAUGUUGUAUGGAUUGAGGCUGCUUUUAAUGAAGAAAGCCUCGCACUCUCCGCACCCCCGUCUGCCCAGGGACAGUGGAUUGGAUGGGAAGCUAAUGUUUCAGACAAGCAGUUAGACACCACUCUCGAAGGCUAAGUAUAGACACCAGCCUUCUUUCCCCUUCCAGGGCCUGACCCAGGGACCAGGGAGGGCUGGAAAGGAUGCCAUGUGACCGAGCCAUAGCAGUAGAAGGUCCUAAAACAGAGAAUGGCAGGGCCUGGCAGGAGGGGAUCCUGCGGGCGGCGCCUUGCUCUGUGCGCAGCUCAGCUGUUGGGCCGAGCCUCGCUGCUUCCUGGCCACAGCCUCCUCUUCAGGAAGACCUAUGAUAAUGGCUCCUGCCCGCUGGCUGUGGUGUGUGCUUACCCAGCGCCAGCAAGGAUGGCUAUGUUGUGGUCAGUGGGCUCAACAGGGAGGACUGUGUGCUGUUUCUCAGGUGAGCAGUGGCACCCAAGGGUCUCAACAGCGAGUGGCUUAGGGACUGCCCUUAAAGGUCACAGAACAAGUCGUGGAAGGGUGAGGUGCUAAGAUGCACCAGUUCUCCCGGUGCAUCAUAAUGCACAUAUCAGGUUGCAUUAGAAUCUUUAAUGACACUGCUGGAAAACUCGUAGACAAAAUGCUUUCUUAGGCCUCAAUGCUAUCAAAAUAAGAUGUGUGCUCAGACCCAGUCCUGCAGCUCUCAGAACCCAGAUUCUACACGAGAAAGACAUGAUAAAGCACGACGAUGGCCUCUUCAUUGAAAUAGCACACAACUGGGCAGAACUCGAGCAUUCCUCAGGCGUUGGCUUUGCAUGUCCCCACUGUGGAACAGGAGCAGGUUGUAAAGAUGGAUUGAUUGGGAGUUCCUGUGAGUCGGCAUGGAGACGUCGCCAAGAUAUGAAAGCCAAAUGCAGAGAAAUGUCCAUAAUAUGCUACCAUCUGUGCAAAAAUGAGAGGCAUGAAAAUUCUCAGGAUAAAUAAAAACUGGAGAACAGGGCGUGUGGGGCGAGAGCGUCCUUUCCACUGUA